AUGGUAGAAGUUGACAAUUCUCCAGUUUCCGAAGCCCGCAUACAACUAUCAACGUACAUUUUAUGGUGGCUUUGGAAAUCGCGAAACUUAUGGGUGUUCCAAAAGCUAUGGAUGCCUGCGGCUGUGAUCAUGCGGCAAGCCGACGGGGUGCCGCUGCUAUGCUCGAAGGUCGUGAGAACGGGGAUUCCUGCUAACCACGCACGGCUGCAGUCGAAAGGAAAAAUCGAACAGGGGCUGUUUCUUACUCGCGGCGUGGCUCUACUCGCGUGUCUAUGGUGUUGCCAGCGGUCGCAAACGGAGGUGCUGGUCACGGCAAAAAGCCUGCGCGCGGAGGGCAGCGGCUCGCCAGAAGUUCGCAGUGGAGGAACUCGCGAAGGAGGGCUGCGGCAAAUCGUUUGGUUCACGGUGAUCUGCUCACGGACAGGGACGGCCGAAUCACGCGGCGUCGACAGGCUGAGGCGCGGGGAAAACUCGCCCGAGUUGUAG